AUGGCGACUGCACCCCUGGCCAGUUCUCCAGCGAAGACAAAUGGAAACAAGCUGAGCAGGCUUCUCAUCGAUGGCGGAACAACAGUACUGAGGAAUGUCUUUGAUCGCUAUCACCCACCUGCCAACUUGGCUUCUGGUCUCAAUACCGAUUACUCUAUUCUUAACAACCUUUUGCGUAGAAGAGUUCUAAAUGGCCAUCAGUGGGACAAACUGUUUCCCCCUGGUGGAGGGGUGCCAGACUCUAACACGUUUGACAUCACUCUUCUUUUCCUACUGCUAACCAACAUUUGUGGCUUAUCCCCUCCCCUGACUGGAUGGCACACCAAGCCAUCCCCUGGUGAUAACUCUCUUGAGGCUAACCUUGCUCGCGUUAAGUUCUUUCGGAAUGAGCUGUAUGGUCAUGUGACGUCCAGUGGUGUUGAUGCGACAUCCUUCUCUACCUUCUGGCAUGAAAUAAGCACGGCUCUUAUUUGUCUUGGUUUGGAUCAGGCUGAAGUUAACAGACUGAAGGCAGAGCAGGGUGGAGAGGAGGAUUAUCUUGAUGCCUUAAUUGAGUGGGCAGGCAGUGAAGAGGAUAUUAAGGCGCAGCUGAAGGAUAUCCACCAGAGGCAACUAAAAUUCAGUGAGACCCAAUGUAAAACACAAGACGUUGCGGAAGAAGUAUUGAGGGUGGAGCUCAAAGGUGAGAAAAUCCUUCUUGAUAGCAAGUCAAAGUUGGAUGAAGUAAGCCAGUUGGUAUACGCAACACAUCAAGCGACAAAUGAAGCACAUCAGGAGAACAUUUUGCGUUUGGAUAAAGUGUGUGACUCCCAAUCCAAAACCAUUCAUGCUGUCGAUGUAAUGCAUGAAUCAAUUCAAGAAGUAAAACAGGAGGUAAAAGGCUUGACGAAAAGGAAAAACGGGCACGCAGAUGAGGUACUAAAAACCCUUGUGAAGUCGGAAUUCAAAGGAGACAUAGAAUUUCAUGCAAACAAAUUCCAGGAAGGAACUCGUGAGUGGAUCUUCGAAAGCAUCAAAGACUGGUUAGACGACCGGAGCUCGCGACAUCGCGUGAUGGUAAUUAGUGGCAAUCCAGGGAUGGGAAAGACUGUUAUUUCCGCUGUUGUUUCGCAAAGAAUGCAAACAGUUGGAAGAUUGUCAGGGAGCCACUUCUGUCAGCAUAACAAUUCACGGUACCGAGAUCCUCGUUUAAUGCUCCAGUCUUUGGCCUGCCACUUGUGUCAAGCGAUGCCAAGUUACAAAGAUACUCUGUUAGAACAGUUGUCUAGAAAUCUGGGAAAAGACCUCAACAACAUGGGUGUAGAAGAGCUGUUUGCGUUGCUGUUCAAAGAGCCUCUCAGCACAGUACAAGAUCCUGGAAGAAACACUCUAAUAGUCAUAGAUGGCCUCGAUGAAAGCGAGUACCAAGGACGCAAUGAGCUUCUACAUGUAAUCAGUAACCACUUUCCUAUGCUUCCAGUUUGGAUGAGAAUUUUGAUCACAACUCGUCCAGAGAGGAGCAUAGCAGAGGUAUUGCGACAUUUAGAGCCAAUCGAGCUUAAACAAAAGCGUGAGGAAAACUUAAAUGACAUUCAAACCUCGUUUGAAAAUCAACUCAGCAACAAAAUUGGUGAAAAGCAUAAAGAUAUUCUCUUGAAAGAGCUGGUUAAGAAAUCAGAAGGCCUGUUUAUUUACGCUUACUAUAUAGUGGAUUUCAUCCAAAAGAAUGUUUCAGUUCUCACCCCUGAUCAGCUGGAAAGCGUAUUGCCUUCAGGUAUUUCAUCCGUUUACUUGUCCUAUUUCAAACGGUUAGAGAAUGAACUUUGCAAAGAGCUUCAUGCAGAUGAGGAACAUUUUUUGCGUUUCCUGUGUGCAUUGGCCGCUGCAAGGGAACCAUUACCAGUAGAAUUCAUCGCCAAAAUUCUAAACCCUGGAGGAAAAUCAUUGACUGCGCAGCGAAAAGUUAAAAAAGCAAUAUCUUGNAUCAGCUGGAAAGCGUAUUGCCUUCAGGUAUUUCAUCCGUUUACUUGUCCUAUUUCAAACGGUUAGAGAAUGAACUUUGCAAAGAGCUUCAUGCAGAUGAGGAACAUUUUUUGCGUUUCCUGUGUGCAUUGGCCGCUGCAAGGGAACCAUUACCAGUAGAAUUCAUCGCCAAAAUUCUAAACCCUGGAGGAAAAUCAUUGACUGCGCAGCGAAAAGUUAAAAAAGCAAUAUCUUGCAUCUCUACACUGUUACCAGUUCGCGAGGGUCGUCUGCACUUCUUUCACAAGUCAAUCAAGGACUGGUUAAUAGCAUCAUUGCCUUAUGAACAGCAUGAUUUCGCGGUGGACGAGAAAGAAGGUCAUUACGUCCUUUCUGAUCUUUGUGCUUCUGAACUCGAUAACUUGCAGCGAAAAGGGGUUCAUGACAGACAGUUUACGAAUACUGAAUCAUAUGCUUUGCAUCAUGGUACCCAGCACAUGCUUCAGGUGGUGAACUAUCAUGACUGCGCUGACGCAACAGGAACCAACAGUGUCAGAGUAGAACAGGUGUACAAAUACGCAACGGACCUGGAGCUUGUUUAUGCGAAACUUAAAGUUAAGAGCACAUUCGCUACAGAAGAUCUUCUCAGUCUUCAAAGUCAAAGUUGCAGUUUAUUAAGCGUCGAAAGAGAGUUCGUUGUGACUUCUCUCCUUAGUCUUCUUAAAAAACACUUUUAUAUCUUGGUUGAUCACCCUCACCUACUUUUCCAAUGCUUGAUUAACGAAGGAAUUCCUGAAUUAUCGUCUUUAGCAGCAGUUAUCCUUGAAUCGUCAACACCCAAAAUACCCUACAUGAAACAUUUCAAGAAUGAAGACCAGAGAAGAACUGAUAAGGCAAGGUUUUACUGUUCAGACAAAAUCGUUUGCUUUGAUGUUUCACCUGAAAUGGACUACUUGAUAUGCGAAUGUCGAGAUGGAACUAUCUGUCUAUGGUCCCUUCUGACAGGUAACAAGAUAUGGGUUCGGCCAACGUUGACGAAGAAAGAGUUCUAUUCUGGAUAUCCAGACGACAGUGCAUACCGUGUUGUAGGUAAUAACUCUUUGUCUUAUUACCGUUCUGUGACGUUUCAUCCAAAUGGGGAAUCUGUGCUAGCAGGGACACUCCAAUUUGUGUAUACUCUGGAUGGAGAUAGGAAAGACCUUUUCCCCAGCAGUGAUUGCAUUUUUUCAAAUUUCGUCUUUUGCAAAGACAAGAAAGAAGUUUUAACUGACCGCCCAAAUAAGCCAAAGGAGGUAGCCUUGUGGAAUAUAGUAAAUGGUGAAAACGUCUUAAACAUCGUUGCUGACGAAGACAUUGCUACCUUUACCAUUUCGGAAGACGGGUCACAAGUUGCUCUUUCCCAAGUGACUUUUGAAAUUGUUAUUUUUGAUCGAGUUAACGAAAGUGUCCAGAGGAUUCUUCGAACUGAGUCGGUGGUUUGUGGGCUGAUGCAUUUCACACCCGAUACUGAGAACACCCUUGUUUGCGGGUUUCUUGGUUUUACUGUCGAGUAUGAAUGUGGCGCUUAUAAACGUUUAUUUUGUGAUCGACCACAGUUUUUAACUGUUAAUUCCGAUCUCGUUUUUGAUUCUGUUCAACCUGAAGCUUUUAGGUUAUGGCCAUACGUCUCAUCAGGCACUUCGGAUUGGGAAUCGGGAUACUGGGAAUUAACGAUGCAGGACUAUUGGGUGCAUCGCGUAAUGCCCAGUAAGUUUUUGUACGCAGGCGCCUACAUCAGACUUAAUAAUGAGUCCGCAUUGGUUGGUAGCCCAGCUUGCAAAUACGUCGCUAUGGUAAACACUGAAGAGGUGUUUCGAUUGCAGAACGGCGGAGUUGUUGUGAAGAUUGCAUUCUCUCUAGAAGGAGAUGCCAUUUAUUCCAUUACUUCAGAAUCAGAAUCUCUUCAUCAUAACUUAACGUUGACUGUUUUUAGAAUGUCAAAUAAUGAGCUGUUGAGCACCAAAAUAUUCCCUGGCCCCAUUUCCAUCUUUCCAACGAGAGAUGGCGUCAUGCUUCGAAAACAUGACAGAGUCGCAGAGUUAUGGAGCUUUGACAUGUCCACUUGUCUUAGACCUCUUCCCAAGGUUACCGAAUACGAGAAAGUUUAUACUAUUUCAGAGGUAUUUAUAGCCUGUUGUUAUUCGGUGCCAUUUUACGAACUGUCGGAGGAUUUAGAGAAUGAGGGUUCAGAUAAUUCAGAAGACUGGCCUAAUGAUAUAGACGAAUGGUGUGCCGAUUCUCAAGACCAUUGGGUUAUUGACGUCUUGGACGUGACCAGUGCUGGCAGCAGGAUUGUUUCAUCACUGAAGGCCGAUUUGGAUGCCGAUGAAAUGAUACUUUCAGUUUCAUUUAGUGAUCCAAGUCAAGUGUUACUUUGUACUCUUAAAGAGGAAGAUAUUGGAGUUCUCUUAUUCGAGAACGUAAAACUCAGUUUAAGGAAAAACGGUUUGAUUGUGUGGGAAAGAACAACGUGCUGGAUUGAUUGUAUAAUUGAGUCACACCUGCUCUGUUCGCCUAGAAAUGAAUUUGUUGUCACUUGGAACACUCUUGACCAAGGUCAUGGCCUACAUAUACUUAAUGCAGAUACGGGAGAAACAUUGCACGUCUUCCAUGGUCAACAAAAUGACAUUGUUGAUUGUAAGUUUCUCGAUGAUAAAUCUGUGGUUUGCUGCAGUGGGGACAACUUCCUUCGAUUGUAUAAUAUCAGAACAGGAGAUCUGCUAAGUGUUCUAGACAUUGGAGAGCAACCGUUCUGUUUGGGAGCCUGUCUGUACCAGCCUCUUGUCGCCAUUGGUCUGUCCCAGACAAGAAUAAAAUUCGUCCACGUACAGUUGCCAAAAGAAACUAAAAAGACUGCAAGGUUAGUUUCUUUUAUCAUUCUCUUAGUCAUCGCGGUAGAUUAACUAUAUAGUGAAGCCCCCAAAAACCAAUCCUCGUUGUGCCAUGAAAAUUCCAUCGUAUAAAAGAGGGUUUCAGAUAAGAAAAUGAGUGUGUGUUUUCUUUGAUCGAAGCAAAUGCUGCGUCGUAGUGACGGUGUCCACUGAACUCAGGCAACAACAUGAUAGUUUCUGUUGGUACCUGUUGGUUCGAGUUGGUUGUAAAACCACUUUCGAGAGUUUUAACGCGGUUUAGGUGUAGAAAUCCUUUUUUCUUAGAUCUUCCACCGCACAAUGCAGGGCUGUCUAUCUUAGGUACUUCACAGCUGCCUAGUCCCUUUAUGAAUUGUGUAACGCAACUGGAUCUUUACAUGAAACUAACGACUUUCUUAUUUAAAUUGAAUUGUAGCCUCAGUCAUCAAACGCCAGUGAAUUAA